CCGGGCAGCUCCCGGGCCUGUGGACCGCGCGCCGCGCCCUCCGGUUCCGGGGGGGGCCGCGCGGCCCGCGGCGGCGGGAAUGGAGGAGGCCGGAGCGGGGGAGGCCGAACUGAACUUGUCCCGCCUCACGUUGUCCCCGGAGACGCUGGAGUCGGAGCUGGAGGCGCGGGGCGAGGAGCGGCGCGGGGCCCGCGAGGCGCUGCUGCGGCUGCUCCUGCCUCACAGCCGUCUGGCGUCGCUGCCGCGGGCGCUGGGCAGCGGCUUCCCGCACCUCCAGCUGCUGGACGUGAGCGGCAACGCGUUGACCGCGCUCGGGCCGGAGCUGCUCGCGCUCAGCGGCCUGCGCACGCUGCUGGCCAAGAACAACCGGCUCGGCGGGCCCGGCGCGCUGCCCAAGGGCCUGGCCCGGUCGCCGCUCUGCCGCAGCCUCCAGGUGCUCAACCUCAGCGGCAACUGCUUCCAGGAGGUGCCCGCGUCGUUGCUGCAGCUGCGCGCGCUGCAGACCCUCAGCCUGGGGGGCAACCAGCUGCAGAGCAUCCCGGCCGAGAUCGAGAACUUGCGGAGUUUAGAGUGUUUAUAUCUCGGAGGAAACUUCAUCAAAGAAAUUCCACCAGAAUUAGCAAAUCUGCCUUCUCUAAGUUACUUGGUAUUAUGUGACAACAAAAUCCAAAGUGUGCCUCCUCAGCUUUCACAAUUGCAUUCGCUUCGUUCUCUCAGUCUUCACAAUAACUUGCUGACAUACCUGCCUCGAGAGAUUCUCAACCUUGUUCAUUUGGAAGAAUUGAGUUUGCGAGGAAAUCCAUUGGUUGUUCGUUUUGUUAGAGAUUUAACCUAUGACCCUCCAACUCUCCUGGAAUUAGCUGCACGGACCAUUAAAAUUCGAAAUAUUUCCUACACUCCCUACGAUCUUCCUGGGAAUCUUCUUAGAUACUUGAGUUUAGCCAGCAAUUGUCCAAACCCAAAGUGUGGAGGAGUCUACUUUGACUGCUGUGUCAGACAAAUUAAGUUUGUGGACUUCUGUGGGAAGUACCGCCUCCCACUGAUGCACUACUUAUGUUCUCCAGAAUGCUCUUCCCCUUGCAGUUCCGCCUCUCACAGCUCCACAUCGCAGAGUGAAUCUGACUCGGAGGACGAAGCUAGUGUUGCUGCACACAGAAUGCAGAAAGUUCUUCUUGGUUGAAAAGAAUGCAGGGUGGUAUGAAACAAUUAAAAGAACUGAGCAAAGGUGAUUAGAAAAAAAGAUGGACUUCAAAGUUUACUAGAAACCAUAUCUUCAUCUUGAAUCUCCAUGAGAGAGCUAGAGAUGAUGGAAACUAUUUUGUAUUUCAUCUUCACAUUCAACAGGAAUGAGUCCAGUUCCAUGUUUGGAUUCUUUGAAUAUAAUUCACUCUGAAUAGUGGUUUCAAGUUUAGCUGAUUGUUUGCAGUUUUCACUCAAGUUUUGCAUGAAUCACACAGCAUAAUGGAGCAUUCUGUAGAGCAGUGCUACAAUAAACCAUGAGUGGUGUAACUUGUGAUAGUGGAGAUGAAGAAAGAAAUGAUCAGAGCUGUAAUUUUUAUCAGAGUUGUCCUUACGUUUAGACUGAAGACUAUAACAGGAUUAACCUUCCCUUCUUAUAUUGCCCACAUGUCUAGAUUACAGAGCUGUUGAGAUAAGCUCACAGAUAUUACAUAGGACCUAACCCUUUCUGACCUAACUGGUAAAGUGAGGGAUAUAAUUUUUAUGUGGGAUUUUAAAACUCUUCAGUAGUGCUCUUUUGUUCUCUAUGAUUGUUGUUGCCCUUCUGUAAUCCAGAAUGACUGUUAGAGUGCCUUAAUCCUAGCAAGGUUUUAGAAAUUUAUUCAAGGAAUGAUGCCAGAGCAGCCUAUAUAACCUGACAUACUAUGCAGGACACUUUAAAAUAUGCUUUAACAGAACUAGAUAAACAGCUGUAUAUCUAACAUCAGAGCUCAUGGCUAACUUAACUUGUGUUUUUUGUUUAAAUAUGAAGUAAUCCUUGUAAGGAAAUAACUUUUACACUAAUGGGAAGUAGUGUCUUGAUUAAUCUUUUCAUCAUAAGACAGAAUGAUAGCUUUUGAUUUAAGAAUCUGUCAGAUUUCUUCUAACAAAAGAGAUGUAUGCUUGGAAAGCUUCUUUGUAUCUUGCAUUAAAGGAGUAAGAAAAUGAGUUUAAAAUUUUUAAGUCAUACCUGACUCCUUUGCCUGUGUUUUCUGAACUGUAACUUUCUCUACAUUUUAAAGAAAAACUAGAAAACCGUUACAGCAAGCCAAGUAAAAUUGUGGGCAGCAGUCAUUUGUGUAAAGACUUUAAAGCAGUCUUUAAAUUGUGUGAAAGAGGAUAAUUUCCAAAACUAGAUUAAUCAUGUAAUACUUUUUGAAAGUAAUGUAUUGAUAACAUAAGAAAUUUAACUAUAUCCCUAAAGUGUAGCAGAAAAAUAUUUCACAAAUUGCUAUUAGAAAUGACCAAAUUUUUAUUAACUAGUUUGAUUUGCAAUAAGUAUUGAAUAAUAGUACAAUUAGAAGUUGAUAUUAUAAAAUAAACAACACAUAGUAGGAGUUAUUAGAUAUCCAAUAAUAAAAUGAUGUUUUAUUGGUAAAUGUUACCUAUACAGUAAUACGCCAGUCAGAAACACAUUAAAACAUCAGAGGAUCUCCCUUCUGACUUCCUGGCAUUCACAACUGGGGCACACUAUUUCUUAAAAGCAGAUUGUUGUAUAAUAAUAAUAUGUACAUAUGUUAGGUUUUUGUCAUAUAUUUUUUGUUUUAGAAAAAAUAUACUGUAGGAUAGUUCAAAGUUUAUUAUGUGUUAUUCAUGAAACAUCAUGAGAGUUUCAUGACUGCAGUUGUGAAACGCUGCUAUAGAGUGAAUCCCUUCACUUUGUUAUGAUGUAAUAAUAUUUUUUUCCUUUUUAUUCAGAAAUUUUCUAGGUCUAUAAUAGUAAUCUAUUAUGUUUCUGCUGCCUAGCAAAGUAGUACAUGGGUGAUUAUAUCAUAAAAUGGAAAUAAUGUAAAGGCUUUGUUUACUUCCACUUGAGCCACAGCAAGCUAUGGCUCAUACUACAAAAUUAUGAAAAGUAAAGAUGACUUAGGCAGUGCCUAAGUGACAAGGCCAAAAUGUUUUGUAACUGAUUUAGUUAAUACCAAUACAUAAAAUAUUUUCAUAGAAAAUAAUGUAAUCAUAGUAAAAUAUCCAAAGUGAUAGGACCAAAUUCUUCUGACUUAAAUGCCUCAGUUUACUUCCUAAUCCAUUACCAGAUUGACCUAAGUAACAGCUUGGGUAGCCUUCCAAGAGUUAGUCUUUGUAAAAUAAAUGGGUAGAUAUGUAAGUACAAUCAAGUACUUCCCAGUUUCCCAGAAAGGUUUACUGAUUGAUCUUUUAUAGAUGUAAAUAGAUCCAACCAGAAAUAAUUUCUAGCCUUUGCUAUAUAUGCAGAUGUAUGCCAUAAUGUACGACAAAAUGUUUGUUGUACAUGUACAUUUGAAAGUCUAAGAUCAGUGUGCAAUUGUCUUUAGUAACUUUUACUGAAAUCUGCAUUUCAAUUUAGUUCUUUUUUUUUUAAUCUUUGACCUAAACUUUUAUAAGAGCUGCUAAUAAUUUCUAAGAUUUUCCUUGUUUCUCUUUUCUACCUUCUCUUUUUUUAUAACUGGUGAUUAUAGAAAUUAGCCAGAAGAUGAGAUAUAAGGGACUUGAUAAUUUAGAAACCAGAUAGUCAACUCCUGAACCAUAUAGCUGACUGUGUAUUUGAAAUGAUAGUCUGUCUCUUUAGUUGCUAAGUCACAUGUUUGUGUUAAACUAAUUAAUAAACUUUAAUUAUUUUUUGAGACUUACAGAAUCUGCACUAAUUAUCAUAAUGAAAUAAGUUUUUGAUAUUGCUCCAGUUGGAUAAUUUUAGUGACCAGAACUUCUGUGGAUAAAACUACUUAACCACAGCAUUAAUGUGUUUAGAAUGGAGUUCUUCAGUGUUAAUAUUUGAAAUGGAAAUGGGUACAUUGAACAUUCUUAGUAAUCUUUAUUCCUAGAAUACAAUUCUCAGUGUCACCAACUCAGUUUGAAUAGUCCUAGGAUUUUAGGAAAUAGGAAGAUUAGCUAAUACAGUAUUUUGCUUCCAUAGUGCCAGAGAUUGGCUGACCCUAAGGAUAAGCUAGCUAAGGUUCUUAGAAUUCCUUGCAUUUGAAUACCAGAGGUAGAUCUGAGGGUCACUAUUCAUAUUUUACUUCUAAAUGUGUGCCACAGAAGUCUCUUAUUCUGAAAUUCUUACUGUUUAGAACUUUAAGUUACCAAAUUUAAAAGUAAAGAUGCAUUGUAAACUGUACCUCAAAUUCGAGAAAUUUUUAUAUUGAUGUAAAUAAAUGUUAAAGGCAGUCCACACUAGUGCUGUGUAAUGCUGCAGACCACUUCUACCAAACACUGUAAAUAUCAAUUUAGGCAAAAGAGAAGAAGGAAAAGGCUGAUUGCUGGAGUAUUAAAUUAAAGAAAUCUUUUAAAAGUACCAAAGGGCAGGGAGAUUCUCUCUCAGUCACCAGACUCCCAGGGAUUUCCUUGAACCAAGAAAGUUCCUUAAAGUAAUAGUGAAUUGUUUUAAAAUCACAUGGCCUAUUGACUACCAUCUGAAAGCCUCUAUCACUAAAUUUUUUUGGUAUCUGCUAUUGAGAGAUUGUCCACAUCCUUCCUUAAUGAUGGGCCAGCAAGUAAAUAGGACUGUCUUGGGAUGCCUGGGUGGCUCAGCGGUUAAGCGUCUGCCUUCGGCUCAGGGUGUGAUCCUGGAGUCCUGGGAUCAAGUCCUACAUCAGGUUUUCUGCGUGGAGCCUGCUUCUCCCUCUGCCUAUGUCUCUGCCUCCAUCUCUCUCUCUUUCUCUCUCUCUCUCUCUCAUGAAUAAAUAAAAUCUUUAAAAAAAAAAAAAAAAAAAAAAGGACUGUCUUACAGCCAACCUUGCUCCUUCCAAAGGGAGAAGGUAAUACGUCAUUAACCUAGAAUUUGUGGUACAGCCCUGGUUAAUGUUUACUGUGUCACUAUCUAAAAAAGAAAAAAAUACUAAGCAAAUAAUUAGUGCAAAUAAAGUUUGAUCUUUUAAAGCAUUUUAGCAGUAUUAUACCUUAAAAAGUUGUUCUAAAAAGACCCUUUGUAGGGAAAAUAACAGUUUUAAAAUGUAUAUAUAAUUAGUUAAGCUGCAUUUAUUUAGAAAUACCUAAUUUUUACUUAACCCCCUUCUUAUCCAAAGUAGAGAUUUUAUUAUAGUUAGUAUAAAUAUUACUCCUCAUUUAGUCCAAAAUAGUCAGCUUUUAAGUUUUGUUGGGUGUUAGUAAUAAAGGGUGAUGUGCAUGUUUUUAGACAACAUGAUCUGUGAUACAUAGUUCUGAUCCCUCUGUAUAGAAAAGUACUUGACUGUCACUGUUUCUGUAUUAAGCACUAUAUUCUUAUAACAUUAAUUUGAUGAAUUUAAUAGCAUCCACUUUUGUAUUUUCAUUAUAGUCAUGACCUUUUUAAAGACAGCAGUGUCUUCAUUUGUGCUAAGAAAGUGUGUGCCUUAAAUCCUCCACUGUAGAAAAGUUUGGGGAACUGUGUCGUUUAGUAAGUUGUUUGUGAGAUGGUAAUGAGCCUUUGCAUUUGACUUGAGAGAGAAAGACUGUAAGUGACCUCUGAGGGAUUCCUUCCUCUAAAACAGGGCUUAAUGUCUGAGUCUAGGGCUUCUGGAGAGGGAAUCUCAAUUAUGCAUACUAUGGAGAAAGUCAAGCCAUAAGGAUCAGAGUCCCUUGAAAUCAAAUCAGUGAAAAGGUAUAUUCUUUUUUAUAUUAUUUUAUAAAGAAAAUUUGUCUGGUACCACGAAGGGAUGACAGCAGUUCCUAACCAACCUUGUAUUACUAGCAUUAUACAAAUAUAUUACUGUGAGGCCUAGGAUAUUUUGUGAGUGGUUUUUGUAACACUGGGUUGCAAGGGGCUAUGCUUUUAACAAUUUUCAUGUAAAUAUCUCCAUUUUUUUCUAUGUUCCUUGGUUCAUAUUUGCUAAGAAAUGACAUAGAAAAUAAUAGUUCACUAACAACAAAUAUUGAACACUCACAGGGUAAUACUGAUUUGGGUGCUACUAGACUUAUCUGAGAUUUGUCAGUCUCAAUUUAUCCUAAGGUAUAGUAUUCAAUCUAGUAAAUAUUAAAAUUUAUUAGUUUAAUGACAGUUAUAUACCAUUGUACCAGGAAGCCAUGGUUGGAUUAACUAGGUGCAUUCACCAGAACUUACUUUCUUUGGCUGUGAAUAAAUUGGAUAAAAACUUUUAUUCUAAUUUGUGGUUAGAAGAAACCGAGAUGAGAUUGAAAGUGGUAUUGCUGGUACUACAAAAAUAUUACUAAAUUGGUUAAUUCUUCUGUUUACAACUGAUGUUUUAAGAGAAUCCUUUUAUUAAAUAGUCGGCAUUGAUGUGGUCAUUAAUGUGAUGUAAUAUAUGUUAUUGAGAAGGAAUAUUAACUUCAACAAUAACUUUACAACAGUACAAUCAUGGAGAGACCUGUGUGCCUGCAACUGGUGUUUGUUGCAUUUCUGAGCCCACUUGUAUUCAUGAGAAACAAAAAUAUUAUUGAAUAUUGUAAGCUACCAGUAUUUUAACAUUUUAUGAAAAGUUUGGGACUUUAUCAACAGAGGAUAUUGAAAAUAUAUGUACUUUUACUUUAGUCAAAUUAUUUUUCAUUGUCUGAUCUCUUAGUUUUAUGUAUUUGAAAUCUUAUGAAUUAGGGAUAUCUAUAUAAGCAUAUAGAUAUAUAGAUAUUUAAAACAUAAUGAUAAUGUAAUUCAGCAACAUGAUUCAACAAUUAAAUUUUCUUUUCAGGACAAGAUACAGUUAAGUGCAUCAAAUUUAUAAGUUACUUUGAUGGUAAAUGCUCUAAAAAAAUAUUUAAGCUACUUCAAUUCUGUACCUCCAUUUUCCCCACAGGACACACAAAAUGUGAUGUUAUAUUAACCCUCUGUGUGAAUUUUGCCUUAUUAAACAUCGUGCCUUAUUUUAUUAAAAGUACGUUCUUGGAACUUGA